AUGAAGUACCCAUUUCAAACUUUUCUACCUCUUCAUCUCCUCUGGCUUCUUCAAUUACUCAGCUCAACCAUUUGUCGAGGGGCAGAGAGCGACGGUGGACUAGAUCUAGACUGGAAUCCAUUCAUCGAUGACCAAAUAGAAGACACGGCGACGGCAAAUGCAGCUUUACAACCUUUGGCGGAACAUACGACGUUGAAAGACUGGUUUACGCCGAUAGUUGGCUAUACAGAAGACGGGGCUGAACGCGCGCGCUCGCACAUCCUAGAGACCACUACCCGUUUCACCCUUUUUCCUGACCCUCAGACCCGGAACGGGGCCUUUGCAUACUCGACCUUCGUAUUUCAACAUCCAAGAACAGGUCGAUGGAAACAAGCCGUCAUGAUCCUCAGUUUGACACCGGGAUUACGAGGAGAGUUCAUCGGCGAGGCUCAUUUUCCGGAAGGAUUGUCGUCGGCAGAAAGAUACGAUGCUUGGCAGCGUCUCAAUAGUAUUGCUGCGUGGAACAGGGAGGGUAUAUUGAGGCAAUUUGGCUCACUUGCUUUGCACUUCUAG